GAGAAAACUAUGGAAGGAAGGAAAUAAUGUUUAGGUUUACUGCACAAAGGCUACUUUUACAUCAGGUUAGGGGUGGCUCCUCUGUCAGUUGGGCCCCACGCAGUGCGAAACGUGCUCAGCGGCACUCCAAAGAGGCUCUGCAACUCAGUCGCCAACGAUAUCACCUCCAAAGGGAGAACGAGCGUAUUCGGCAAUCUGUUAACUUGAAUUAUAUUGAACAGAGGAGGGUGCAGGGCAAGAGCCGGGAGUUUCUCGCCGCCACUGCCUAUGGGCUCAUUCAUAAAAGUAGCAAAGGUGAAAAUCGAAAUGCUCGACAACAGCAGUACUACAGCCCACAGGAUCGGGCUGAGGAUAUGGCGACCGCACGACACCUUUUAAUGAUGGAGGAAACUAAGCGCCAGGAAAUGAAGCGUGGCCGCACGCAAAGGCUGGAGAUGUUUCGGAGUAUGAAGCGUCGUUGA